UUUUAGGUUUAGUGCAUGUUUAAGCACAAUUAUUAUAUAUAAACACUUCAAACAUUUUAUUAAAAAAUAACAAGUCUAAACAUUAACAACAGAUACAUGACCACGAAUUAAAAGAUCUUCAUUGAAACAAGAUAAAUACGAAAGCCAGAAAAACAUAAGAAUCAUAGUUCUUAAUACUACUACUACGUUUACCAUGAAGUAUAACAAUAUACCAAAAAAAUAAUCUUAGUUUAAUGAAAAAUAUACAAGAAAGUAGCUAUUUAUAUAUAUAUAGUGGGAAGUAGUUUAAAGAGUUCUUCAUGUUUUGGGAUCAUGUGUACCGAAAUGGGCAUAUUAUGCAAGAAUUUGAGGAUAUAGAAAUGCAUAAAACAAGCGUGUCCGUAUUUGUGGCGUUGUUUUACUUGGAAAUGUUGUAUAUUUUGAUUAUGACCUUGUCAAUUCUGAAUAGACUUAACCAGAACAUAAUAGCUUAAUUAAUAAAAAUGGUUGAAAUAAUUCAAAAGAAUGUUUUGGAAUGUCUGUAUUUACUAAAGGAGGGAACAAAUGAAGUUUUUGUAAAUAAUUGUCAACUAUUAAAACAACAUCAGAUAAAUGGAUUGAGAUUUCUUUUUAUGAUAUUUAAAAAGAAAAAGCCCGGUGCAAUUGUUAAUUUUCCACAUCAUUGUGGCAAAUCAGUAACUGUUGCAUUAUUUUUAUAUGCAGUGAGAAAUUUACUAGAGAAGCCUGUAUUAAUACUUUGUAAGAAUGAAAAUGAUAUGUAUAUAUGGAAAGAAAUUUUGUUAAAAUGGACUGAGUUUAAAAGUGAUGACAUAAUAAUAGAAUCCACAAAAGUCUUGAAAGGUAAAAAGAUCUUUGUGAAAAAUAUAGAUACCCUGGGAUCGUAUCAACAACACAGUUGGAGCAUUGUUAUUAUCAAAGAUGACUCAAUGAACAAGGAAAUAUGUCGGAUCUCUGAUGCUCGGUACAAAAUAUGGAUCACAUCCACUGAUAUGAAGAAGGAUCUUGCUAUGAUGGCCUUUAUUUACGAUUGGCUAUAUCCAAAAUUUAAGAUAAGUGUGAAGGACUUUAUACCUAACGAAAAUAAUCUUAAAGACAUGUAUCUGAAGUCUAUAUAUCUAGAUACAUUUUUAGAGGAUUUCGUUAUAAGAGAAGAGAAUAUAAAACAAUUUAAUAAUACAAAGUACUCUUUACCAUCAGAAUUAACUACAAAUCUAAUUAAUGAAAAUAAGUCAAAGUUAACUAGAAAAAAUAAAGAUGCCACCGGCACUAAAAUCAAAAGAUCAAGAAGAAUUAUUGAUGAUGAUAUGAUAGAAAUACAAAAUGAAAAUGAAAGUAUAGCAAUCAGUUAUCAUAUAAAAAAUAAAAACUUUGUUGUCAAUACUAGUAAUCAAAACAAUGAAUUUAAAGUGAAUGAUCUGAGUGGUGAUAAUGUUAUAGGAGAUAAUAAAUCUAACAUAUGUAACUCUAUUGAGUAUAGACAAAAUGCAAGUGAAGUUCUUAGUGUAGGUAUGGCAUGUGAUAUGAAUACAAGAAUUAAAAUAGAUUUUACAGAACCAAUGAGCUUUGGUAAUGCUAUUGAGGAAAUUGUUAAAAAUGAAAAUGAUAUGCAGAUAGAAAAUUUAAAUGAAACUAUUGAUUUAAAAAAUUUUAUUGAUACAGAUGUUGAAAAUCCAGAUACAAAAGAAGGCAUAACACAGAGUAAACAAAAUGUUAAAGAGGAAAAAUAUAAGGACAUUAUAGAAAAUGUAGAAACAACUAUAGAUGGAGAUAAGACACGAUUAAAUGAAUCUGUCAAAGGUCACAAAGACGUGGACACAAUAUUAUCAGAGUUAGAAGAAAGAACUUUGAAAAAAUUCAAAGGAUCGUUUUUAGAUAGCAUAUUUUAAAUAAGUUCUUACUGAAUUAUAAAUCGAGUUAUAUAUAUUGAAAAAAUAUAUUUUAUUUUGCCAAUUUUAUACAUUUUGCAUUAUUAAGGAGUUUAAAUAAAUAUUUUAUAGCUAUUCAAAGUAGAGUAGCUUUAAGUGUUUUGUUUAUAGUAUAACUAUGGUUUUAGUGCAUGAGUUGUAUAAACUAUUUUAUCGUGUCUAAAUGUAAUGCUUAAAAGUUACUAGCACAAUACUUACGAAUGUCCGUAGCACAGAUAACCUGUAUUCAAAUACACUAUGGAACACUUCAAA